AUGUCGUUCAGAGAAGGACACGACGAAACAGAUUCAAUUGGAAUCGACAAAAAUGAACUGCUUUCCACGGAAUCUGAUACCGAGCAAAAUGUCCUUUUCACAGGGACAAACAAUUCUGUCAAAAUAACCGAACCUGCACCUGCUGAGAUUGCGAGUACAGAAGAUACAAACCAUCAAUCCGGCAAAGCCAAAAGGAAAAGGCGCACUGCGGACGAACAACUAAAGAAAAUGCAAGAACAAAUCGCAGCCAGGGAACGGAAAGCAUUCGAAAAGAUUCAGAAAGCGAAGGAGAAGAUGAAAGAGUUGGAAAACAAAGUUGAAAAGGAGAAGAUAUCUUCCAGAAGGAACAGUGAAGGGGAACAACGGAGUGGUCAGUCAACUCCUCGUAAACGUCGUGGAAGCAAAUCCGUGUUCAGCAAACCGUAUGUGAGCACUUCGGAUGAUAAUUCGGACAACGAUGCUACUGGCAUGAACCGACCGGAGUACGAAAACCCAGAAAGUAGUCGUCAUUUAUCACCUCCCAAGCAGCAAACAGUGAAAAAGAAUUCACGUCAAGUGUCUAUUGAACCUUCUGGCGAUAAUAAGUACCCCUCGCGGCAAUCUCGUGGAUCACCCACCGAUUCCGAUUCCGAAGAUGAUGGUGAUGAUGAUAGCAAAGAUGACAUUGACGACGAAGAUUUGAGUGACAACGAGAAUGGGUCUGGAUUGUCACUGGAGGAACAAAUGCGAAGAAUUCAUGAAAAGCAGAAGAAAAAAGAAGAGAAAAGGGAAAGGCUGGCUCAGGAUCGCGCUGCUGCAAAACGGAUGAAACAGGAAAGAAUGGAGCAAAAAAGAAAGGCCGCAGCCGAUAGACGUGAGGGUAAACGACCAGCACAACCUGACACAUUCACUCCUGCCGUGAAGCGUUCAAAAGUGGAUCGUGGAGAGUCAUCUAGCAGCGCGAUGGUUAAAAGCAGUGGAAAUUCCAGUGUUUUGGGGGAUCAGAGUAUGACCGAAAUGCUUCUGCAAGAAUUGAAAAAGGGAUUCGAUGGCAUAACGGAUGCGAUUGGCGACAUGAACAAAAACAUCAUCAUCUUGAACGACAAGAUGUCUGGCGAGAGCAAUAUCAAAAAAGUUCCCUCCGAAAUCGACGGAUUUCGCACGGAUUGGUUUUUCGAGUUCCUCGAUAAUGUGACAACCGAAUCUCAAUCGGGUCAAGUUAAAAUCCGGGAUCUUGCCGAUUAUUUCCACCCUUGGGUAGAUGUAACGCAUCCAAUAUGGGCUCAAAUGCAUCCACAUUAUUGCACAAAGCCCCGUUCGAGAAUCUCCUUCUUGAUCGACAUAGUCAAGAUCAUUAUCGAGGGAGAGGGCGAGAAGCAAUUGACUUACAUCGCAAAAUUGAAUGGCCGCACAGAUUUGCUAUCUGGGAGGAAAAUGAAGGACUUGUCCAAAAACGGAAAAGGUGACUCCGAUGUGUCAUGA